AGGGCGCGGCGGCCAUGGCUCCCGCCGCGCUGCACGCGCCCGAGGUGCAGCUCGCGCAGCGCCUGGCCGCCAACGAGAAGCGCAUCCGCGACCGCGCCCUCAGGAAGCUGCGCGGCUACGUGAGCCUCCGCACGCAGCGGCCCCGCGGUGGCUUCAGCGAGGAAGAACUUCUGAAAAUAUGGAAGGGUCUGUUCUACUGCAUGUGGAUGCAGGAUAAACCUCUGCUGCAGGAGGAACUAGCAAAUAACAUCUCACAGCUUAUCCAYGUUAUUCAGAACUCAGAGGCUCAACACCUCUUCGUUCAGACUUUCUGGCAAACGAUGAACCGUGAAUGGAAUGGACUGGAUGGUCUGCGUCUUGAUAAGUACUAUAUGCUAAUUCGUAUGAUCUUGAGGCAAUCCUUCGAAGUCCUGAGAAGAAGUGACUGGGAGGAAAGUCUGAUUGAGUCAUUCUUGCAGCUGUUAAUGAAAGAAGUUAUGGACCCAGACAGCAAUGCUCCCAUUGGAAUAAAGUUCCAUUUCAUUGAUAUUUACCUGGAYGAGUUGGCUAAAGUUGGUGCAAAGGAGCUCACAGCUGACCAGAAUCUAAAGUUCAUUGAACCUUUCUGCAAAAUUGCUGCCAAAUCAAAGGAUCACAGCCUCAUGCACGCCAUUGCCAACGGCAUCUUUGAGGUCAUUGUGGAUCAGUCACCCUAUGCCAUUGAGGACCUGAUGAAAGAACUGAGCAGCAGCAGUGAGGAGGAAGAUCUCUCUGAAGAUGAUGAGGGGGGAAAUGAAGAGGUGCUUACAACCAAAGUAACAGGCAAAAGUUUGUCAAGAAAAUCAGCACAGAGCUCUGAAAACUUGGAGGAUGUUUGUGAGAAUGCAGAUGACAGUAUCGGGCCUGUCCUUCAGUUUGAUUAUAAAGCUGUUGCUGACAAGCUCUUUGAAAUGGCGAGCAAGAAGAAUACACCCUCCUUUAACAGAAAGCGUCUCUACAAGCUGGUCAAAAAGUUCCAGGACUUAGCAGAAGGAAUCUUCCCCCAAGAUAUUCCUGAAGAUGUUUCUACAGACGAAGAUGAUGAUACCUUCAGCAGGGGAAGGCGAAAGAGAAAACCUGUCAAGCCUCCAGAGAAAAACAAGUUAGAAAAAGUAAAAGAGAAGGAUGAACAGGAGACUUCAAGUGAAAAGGAGGCGUCAGUUCGCCAGAAGAAGAGGAAAAAAAGGAAGAGGAGGGAUGGUCCAAGUGCUGAUUUCAGCACAGCUGAUGGACAUUGUGAGGUGGGGAUAACUGAAACAUCUGGAUCUAAUGUUUCCAACCAAGGAAGGAUGCCAGAAAAUAACAAGAAAAGGAAGAAAAAGAAGCCCCUAGUAAACGAGGCAAACGAGACCAGAAACACAGUAACAGAGAGCAGAGGUGACCACAGUAUCUCUGUGCGCCACGGCCCGACUGACCCAGAGCAGGGUAAAAAGGUUCAGCUGAAGAAAAUGAGCGCCAAAGCGCAGAACGUAGCUGCAGAGCCAGAGCCUCAGCACCGCACGGGCAGUGCCAGCGAGGCCAAGGGCGUGAGCCCGUCUUUCACACCCUUAGCUCCCGAGGUGGUAAAAAAGAAACAGAAACCGGGGACUGUCCUCACGAACGGAGACGUCCCCCUGCAGCGGAGUGACCCGACCCCCGGCAAGGAGAGGUUGCUGGGGACCCUACCGGGAGAGGCAAACUCGGAAGCUGCAGCCUCCAGGAAGAUCAAACUGAAGAAGAAACUCAGACUAGGUGGUUUAGAAGGGAAUAAGGUCUCCAGCCACAAAGCAACAACCCUGAAAAAGAAGAGAAAAGUAAAAGAAGUGCUAAGUUCUGUUGAAGCCAAUGGGAAUCUGGAGAUUGCAUGCAAGAAAAGCAAGAAGGCGGAAACCAGCCCUGCUCUACCGCUGAUAAAGAAAAAGAAAGUGAAAACGGGGAGUGAUUUCGUGAAGUUUGAGAAGUCGACUUUGCCCAAGCCGGCGUUCUUCAGGAAGGCCAAGGGYGCCAUCGCCGCCGGCAGGACCUCCGUGCAGUUGAAUAAGCUGCAAUCAUCCGGCUCCAAAAAAGUCACCUUUGGCUUGAAUAAAAACAUGACUGCGGAAUUUAAAAAAACUGACAAAAGUAUCUUAGUGAGCCCCGAAGGACCCUCCCGUGUGGCCUUCAAUCCUGAACAGAAACCCCCUCAUGGGGUCCUGAAGUCGCCCGCAGGUGCCCCAGCAGGAGAGCCUCAAAGGAAGAAACUUUUUGCUCUACCAGCUAAGAAGAGACCAACUGCUAUGGACUUCUUUUAAACCAACAAAAGUGGCCUACUUUUGUACAGGAAUUUCUCUAACCUAGAAUAUUCUCUGGAGGUAUUUUGAUCUUUUUUUAUUUUUUUAAGUUAAUAUGAAUUGUACAUACAAGGUUCUGAUUGUGACCUGGUAUACUGCUAUUUUGACACCACUUCAGCUGUGUCUUGAAAUACUUUGUUCUGUCUUUAUAUAUAAAUAAAAAAAAAAAAAAGGCAAAAGACAAGAAACAUAAUCCAAUCUCUGCUCAGGUUUGGCCUGCAAAAGGUAUCAUCUCUGUCCAUGUUUUUCCCAAGAGACUUGUUCAUUUAAUUAAAGAAUUUUCAGGCUUAGAUUGUUCUGGGGAUUUUUUUUUCUUUUUCCCUCUUGAGCCAGUUGAUGAAAAUUUGCACUUUGUGCUCUUCAACUGUUUUUCAUAGAGUGGGUGUUAAAAGAAGACAAUGUAAGACAACCUACAAGUUGUUCUUGUAUUUUAAAAUUUUAUCUUUUCACAUGUCACCCUUGACAGUCCUGCUUAUUCUUCUGGAAACAGUGGUUCCCUGGUGUCUCAGCUGAAAGACAGCAGAACUUGGGUGAUUCUGCACAUGGUUGGGAACUGUUUCCUGGGCUGAGCAGUGCCUGAUUGCCAGGUGAUCACUGAUACAAACAGACCCGCACGGUUGGUUGCCUGCUGGUUGGGAGCGUGCACACCACAUUAUUUUUUAGCAACACAAGUGCCAAAGCUGACCUACAGUUGUCAUAAUGUAAGCUGGCUACUUCUCUAUACGGUAGCUGAAGUUGUGCUCUCACAUGGGAGAAAUUUUUGAUGUUUCCUGCACGUCUUCUGCCGCUGCCCUGUCCUCCCUGCUGAUUUUUCCUAAAGGUCUCACAAGAAAACUGUUUUUCCCCUUUAGGAGCUGGGGUCACCACAUUUUACCAGAGCUCAGAUCUCGUUCACUAGAUAAAAAAUGAAGUCAGCUAGAUCAGUGUAGUACAACUUUGGUUAGGAUAUGCAUUUCUUGAAAGUUGCAGUGUUUCAAUACAGGGUAAAACUUUACAGCCCAAAGAGUUUGGUUUUGAUGUAUAACCAGAAUAAUUUUCUGUAACUUUUCCUUGUAUUAAGUUUUUAUGUAGAUAUUUUAUUACUGCUAUGCAUGAUUUGUUUGUUUUCUUUGCUGCUUUGGUAAAGAACGAGCUGCAGUUCUGCAGCAGACCAUUCAUGUAUUCUGAGGGGGAAAUGUGGAGAAGGGGAGAGCAAAUGUAAACGAGAUUAUAUUUCUGUUAUGGUUUAGUAAGUGCUUAAGACUUGCUUAUGGCAGUGAAGAAUUGGCUUUGCAGCAGCUCUCCACGUUAGAGCUCAGCUUCAAAGCACAGCCUGGUUUGAGAACAAGGCUGUUCAUGGAGCUUCCCACCGGUUACUUCUGGAAAGGCGUAGGCCUCUAUCAAAUCCUCCUGUUAGGAUAUCGGGUAAAUAUUUAACUACUUCAUUCAGCAGCAUCUAAAAUCUGUAACAUGUUGAUAUACUUAGAUAUUAUUUUCACCAGGCCCUGUGCCAAAUAGCUCCCCAUCAGCAGCUGGCGGUGACCAUCGGAGUCCGUGUAGAAGCUCCUCAGGUGCCCGGUGCCCGCAGGUCCCUGCCUGCCCUCCCAGGUUCCUGCUCGUCCAGGACAGCGCAGGCCUUCGGGAAUGAUUUUGCCGUUGUCAUCUCACGUUCAAAAUGAAGGAAUGAAUUUCACUAGGUUUUGUUUCCGUUUGUAUUGAUUUGAUCAAUCGGUGAAGAACUCCGGAGAAUACAGCUGUAAAAAAUCAGUGGUGUUUGCUGUGAGCAAUUUUAUUGUUAUCUUGAAAGAACUCAUUGUAAAUUUUCACUUUUUUGGAAAGAAAACGAUGAGUGGCGUUGACGAGGCGGCCUGUUGGAGGUGUUGUGCUGCCUGCCCUGUGCUGAGGGUGGGUGAGUGCCAGAGCGCUCGCACGCGCGCGGUGUUGGACGUGCAGCGUCGCUCCAGGGACAGCGACACAAACCAUCAGCAGGAGCAUCCCGGGCGCAUGGAGAAGUCCAGGAUCAGGACACCUUGGGAUUGGUUGCGAGGUUUUCCUUGUUCUUUUUUUAUUUACUGUGUUUUCCCUUUUGUUAAACAACCUAGAAAUGUAUUUAAAUGUCCAUUUAAAUGGAUCUUCUUCUAUUGGUCACCGAUCCUUCGAGCUGCUGCUUGUGCAGAUGCUUCUCUCACCCAUGCACCGUGCUGGGGUGUCUUCCAUAAGCACGGAAGAUAAAAAAGGAGAAAUAAAGGCAACAUCUGGGAUACCUCGUGCACGGACGCAGUUGGUACCCGCUGCACAGACA